GGGCAGCACCGCGCCGUCUACCUGCCUUGAAGACUCCGCACCGGUUGUUCCUCGACUCCGCCAGCCAGUGAUUAAUAUUGCUGGUAAGUCGGCUCAACAAGCAUCGGCCGCUCUAUGCAUCGCAUUUCAAAGUUGUACUUGUCGCUGGCGAACUUAGUCAGUCGACAGAGUUCGAUGGUUGACAUGCCAGAUUGCUGGAACCCGCCCAUUCUAAAUACCCUCAGCUCCUUCUUCAAUCUUCACCGUACCAAGUACCUCCACGAGUACGUCGAUACCCGUCACAAGAAAUAUGGGACCAUCUUCCGCUCCAAGAUUGGCCCGACCAAAGCCAUAUUCGUCAGCUCGGCCGAAAUCAUACGUGAGAUAUUUCGACUCGAGGGUCCGACUCCUCAACACUUUAUACCGGAAGCCUGGCUAUUCUACAAUCGGAUACGAAAGCAACAGAGAGGUCUGCUCUUCAUGGAUGGCCAAGAAUGGUUGCACUAUCGAAGGAUAUUAAAUAAAAUAAUGCUGUCACCAAACUCGGUGAAUUUGAUGAUCAAACCGUGCCAUAACGCUGCUGAAGAUCUAAUUAGCAAUUGGAAAAGUUUUGGAAACAGCGGUCAAGUUAUACCAGACUUAGAGAAUCAAUUGUAUCUAUGGUCAAUUGAAGUGCUGCUGGCAACAUUGAUCGGCAGCCUCUGGAACGACUACAAGCACAGUGUCCUGGACGAGCUGCAGGUCCUUUCACGCACUCUCACCCGGAUUUUUGAGCACUCGGUACACCUGUCGCGGGUAUCCCCGCGACUGGCGAUGCUCGCGCGAUUCCCCUCCUGGUGCGGCUUCGUCACGACGGCCGAUUACGCCCUCUCGGCCGUCAGCCGCCUCGUCGAGGAUAUGGCGAAACUGGAGAAUGCGGAGGACGGGCUCCUGCACCAAAUGAUGGCCAAUGGGAUUCGCGGCGCGGUAUUGCAAAGAAUCGUCGUCGAUCUCAUUCUCGCCGCUGGCGACACGACAGCAUACUCGAUGCAGUGGCUGAUGUUCUUACUGGCGAAUAACCCGGAGGUCCAGGAAAAAAUUCACAAUGCCCUGGGAGGGCUCGAGGAGAAGGAAGUGCUACGCGAUUCGCUACUCAAAGGAGCAAUAAAGGAAUCUCUGAGGCUUUAUCCGACCGCACCGUUUCUCACGAGAGUUUUACCGCAGGACACGCUACUCGGUGGAUAUCCUGCUUACAAGGGUGAGCUCGUAGUGAUCUCUUUGUACUCUUGCGGUCGAGACGAGGUCAACUUCCCGAGGGCACAGGAAUUCCUACCCGAGCGCUGGUUACGUAACGAGAAAGGUGAAUUCGAGGGUGUGAUAAAUCCAAAUGCCACGCUACCUUUUGCCAUGGGCGUAAGGAGCUGCAUUGGAAAACAACUUGCCGUCACGCAAAUGUCCAUCACAAUAGACAAACUAUUAAAAAAUUUUAAAAUUCAAUGUCUAAAUACGAAUGAAAUUACGAUGAAAUUACGUCUGAUCUCUGCGCCAUCAAAGCCAUUGCAAAUGCGGCUGAUUCGAAGAAGUACUACUUGUUAUUAAAAUUUAUAAGAGCUGUUCGAUCGAUCUGUUACAAUUACAUAUAUAAUUUAGUAUU